GUCGAGCUCUCUGACGUCACUGUUGGAGCUGCCCCGUCACGCGCUGUUUGUAAAAGUUGGGAUUGAAGCUUGAGUCUGAGCAGUUGUUUUUAUGGACAAUCCUGUCACCCUCUUACAGACUCAAAAAUUUGGAAUUCACCCAACGCAUCCAUCGGACAACAAGUACACGAUAGUAAGAAGAAAAAAACACAAGCAAUAAACUUUAGAAAAAAGCACAACGGAUUAACGUUAGCUAGCUAAACUAGCUAGCCAGCUAUAGAAGGAGAAUCUUCAUGCAGACGGUCUCUUGGUUUAUUUGCGGGGAAAACAAUACAUUUCAGGACAAAUUACAUGCUUUGAUUUCAAGGAAAGCAUUUUGCAAGAGCCAUCGUAGAGAGUGACGGGUGAACCCGAGUUGUCAUCCCCGAUGACUACUGCAAACUGCAGCGGCAAUGAAGAGCUUGACUUCAGACUGAUCUUCGGGGAGGACGGGCAGCAGCAGUCGCUAGGCCCCGCAGAUCUUGAGCAGGAUGAUAACCCGGCGUUCUACAUCCUGAACGUGGGCCAGCCGCAGUCCGUGGUGAACCAGCCCAUCGGGAUCCCCCGGCAUGGCCUCCAGACGCACUCCCCGGUCAUUUCGGCACCCCCCCGGCUGCAGCCCCACAAAGCCUACGACUCCCUCUACGAGGCCCCGGGCCCCCGGUACAGCCCCGCCGGGGGCCACAAGGCCUUCGAGUGCCCCAGCAUCCAGAUCACCUCCAUCUCCCCCAACUGCCAGCAGGACAUGGAGGCCGGCGAGGACGACCUGCGGGGCCCGGGGCCCGAGGGGGACUUCCAGGAGCGGCCCCUGUCCCGGGACCACCUGUACCUGCCGCUGGACUACUCGUACCGGGACGCGUCGCUCAGCCCCAGCCCCUGCAGCAGCCUGUCGUCGCGCAGCUGGUUCUCGGACGCCUCGUCGUGCGAGUCCUUCUCGCACGUGUACGACGACGUGGACUCGGAGCUGAACGAGGCGGCGGCCCGCUUCACGCUGGGGGAGGAGGCGUGGCAGCACCCGCACCCCGCCUUCGGCCCCUCCCUGUCCCCCCGCCAGUCGCCCUGCCAGUCGCCCCGCACCAGCGUCACCGACGAGAACUGGCUGAGCCCCAGGCCGCAGUCCCGCCCCUCGUCCCGCCCCGCCUCGCCCUGCGGCAAGAGGCGCCACUCCAGCGCCGACAUCUGCUACCCCGGCUCCGCCUCCCCGCACCACUCCCCCGCCCCCACGCCGGGACACUCCCCCCGGGGCAGCGUGACCGAGGACUCCUGGAUCGGCAGCCCCUCGGGGGGCGUGUCCCCCUUCCAGUGCUGCCCCUCCGAGGCGGACAUCCCCUCCAAAACCCGCCGCACCUCUCAGGACCGGUCGGCGCCCCUCGGGGGGAAGGUGGACAUGGUGCUGGAGGACCCGGGGUGCGUGUCGCCCUCUCUGGAGUCCCCCGUGGAGGACGCGGCGCACGCGCUGAAGAAGGACGCCCCGGCCGAGCACUUCCUCUCCGUCCCCUCCCACUUCACCUGGAGCAAGCCCAAACCGGGCCACUCCCCCAUUUUUAGGACGUCGUCGCUGCCCCCCCUGGACUGGCCCCUGCCCAGCCAGUUCGGCCAGUGCGAGCUGAAGAUCGAGGUGCAGCCCAAGGCCCACCACCGGGCGCACUACGAGACGGAGGGGAGCCGCGGCGCGGUCAAGGCGGCCUCCGGAGGGCACCCCGUGGUCAAGCUCAUUGGCUACAACGAGAAGCCAAUCAAUCUGCAGAUGUUCAUCGGGACCGCCGACGACCGCUACCUGCGACCGCACGCCUUCUACCAGGUGCACAGGAUCACCGGCAAGACGGUCGCCACCGCGAGCCAAGAAAUCAUCAUCGCCAGCACGAAGGUUCUGGAAAUCCCCCUCCUUCCCGAAAACAACAUGUCAGCCAGCAUUGACUGCGCAGGCAUCCUGAAGCUGCGCAACUCGGACAUCGAGCUGCGGAAGGGCGAGACGGACAUCGGGCGCAAGAACACGCGCGUGCGGGUGGUGUUCCGCGUGCACAUCCCACAGCCCGGCGGGAAGGUGCUGUCCCUGCAGGCCUCCUCCAUCCCUGUGGAGUGCUCCCAGCGCUCGGCCCAGGAGCUGCCCCAGGUGGAGAAGUACAGCCUGAACAGCUGCUCAGUCAGCGGAGGAGAGGAGAUGGUCAUCACAGGAUCCAACUUCUUCCCCGAGACCAAGGUCAUCUUCCUGGAAAAGGGACCGGAUGGUCGUCCUCAGUGGGAAGUGGAUGCAAAGAUUCUACGGGAAAAAAGUCAAGGAUCCACCAUUGUGGUUGAAGUCCCUCCGUACCACAGUAAGGCUCUCACCUCAGCGGUCCAGGUGCAGUUCUACGUCUGUAACGGGAAGAGGAAAAGGAGCCAAUCGCAGCGCUUCACCUACCUGUCAGUCAUGGUGAAACAAGAGCACAGAGACGAGCUGGACCCGCCCAUGCCCCUGCCCCUCCCCCUCACCCACCCGGCCCGAACCCAGCUGCCCUCCCCCGACGGCUCCCCCCGCGGCCUGGUCCCCGGCAUGGCACCGCCCCCACCCCUGUACCCUCCAAUGGCUGCCCCCUUCCAGCAGCUGCCCCACCUUCAGAGCUGCCAGCUGAUUGGCUCGCCGCUGGCCUUCCACUCGGCUCCGCCUAUGGCCCCGCCCCCACCCUCGCGGCCCUCCUACCCGCCCCUGCAGCACAGCCUGCCGUACAACGGCCAGCCCGGUCUUCCCAUGAGCGCCGGCUCCCCCCAGGCCUACGAGCGCAUGCCCUUCCAGCCUGACCCCCUGGGGCUGGGCGUGGCCUACCACUCGGGCUCCACCCCCCCGUCCGCUGGCAGCCAGCCCCUCUCCCACCUGCACUCUCUGGGCUACCCCUGCCCCAACCCGGUGCAGGUCACCUCCCCCUCCCACCCCAGGGGCCAGCUGCAGCACGGCCUGCCCUAUCACCCCAUGGGCCAGAGGUCCGCCUCCUGCCCCUCCCCCACCCACACGCCCCUCCCCCAUUCGGGGCCCUCCUCCCCCCAGCUGCACUCGCUGCCCUACCAGUCCCCCCCCGGCGGGCCCGCCUCCUCCCCCUCGCCCACCUCCAGCAGCCCCCUGGUGCACCUGCCGUCCCCCCAGGCGGGCAGCCCCGGCGUGGGCAGCCUGCCCUCCGUCGGCCCCCUGGUGCCCCCGCUGGGCCCCCAGCCGCCCUUCUCGCCCGAGGAGGAGAGGCUCAGCAUCAAGCAGGAGCCGGAGGACAAGGAGCUGGGCUUCCACUCCAUCGGCCUGCAGGACAUCACCCUGGACGAUGUGAAUGAGAUCAUCGGCAGAGACAUGUCCCAGUCCCCGGCCUCCCACGGCCCCACAGCAACACACAGCCAGACCUAACCCUGCCUACGGCCAUAGCGCACAGCCAGUCCUAGCCCCGCCCACAGCCAAGGCAGGGCUCCGCAAGCCCCGCCCCUUUGUUCCAAGCUCUGACACUGUGGCCUUCGCCAGUGGGGACUGACGGACAGAAACCCCUCCUAGCAACCUGCUGCAGUCAGAACCUGGACCCCCAGCUGCAGGUGCAAGCACUCCAGUGAAACGCACACACACACACACACACACACACACACACACACACACACGCACACGCACACAAGGUUCGGUGAGUAGUACUGGGGGGAAUAAAUACAGAUGUGGGCACCACACGGUACGUAAAAAAGCACCGAGUGUGUGGCUGGCAAAGGUAGAUGCACAUUCUGGUGACGUGCUGUAAAUAUUAGGCCGAUUUGUACUACCUGUGAAAGCAUCAAAUGGGAUAUUUGCCCAAAUUCCCAUCAUUCACAAUUUAAUGAUGUCACAGGUAUUCUGACUGUCACACCACACACCCGUGCCUACUAUGCAGCAUUGAGCAUGCCCUUGUUCAGCUGUCUCUAGGAGACGAUGUGCGUAUGUGUUUGUCCAAAGUGGUCGGGGGUGGGGUACCGAUGGUGCCCACCGGUUUCCUGCUGUGGUUCAGAUGGAAACCGUAACCAGGAAGUGCAGGAUAUGGGCGUGUGACCCUGUCCUGCCCAGACGGCACUGUGUCCCCAGACAGACGUGUGCCAGUCUGGGCUGACCUACAGGAGGCCUGCGUGCCCUCACAGUGCCCUGUGAGUUCUUAAAUGGUGUAGCCAAUCACGGGCCAGGGGCGCUGGGUCGCGAUACACACAGGCCAGGGGCGCUGGGUCACGAUACACACAGGCCAGGGGCGCUGGGUCGCGACACACAGGCCAGGGGCGCUGGGUCGCGACACACAGGCCAGGGGCGCUGGGUCGCGCUCCUCGCCGGCCAGGGGCGCUGGGUUGUGAUUCACACAGGCCAGGGGCGCUAGGUUGCGAUUCACACAGGCCAGGGGCGCUGGGUCGUGACACACAGGCCAGGGGCGCUGGGUCGCGACACACAGGCCAGGGGCGCUGGGUCGCGAUUCACACAGGCCAGGGGCGCUGGGUCGCGACACACAGGCCAGGGGCGCUGGGUCGCGAUUCACACAGGCCAGGGGCGCUGGGUCGCAACACACACCAUUCCGUCCUGCAGCUGAGGUGGGCUUUGUAAUAUGCAAACAUUCCACAUUUCUGAUCUUCUUCACCUUUGUAGAUAACUAUACAUUUGACCCUUUUCCCCUAAUUCAGGUAGCACAAAUGCCUUAUACGCGUUUAGGAGCUUUGAACGAUUGUUACAUUUUAUAUAGCUGACUUUUGAGUUAAAUAAUAAUAUUUUUAAAAAGCUUAUAGGAAAAAAAAACCGUUGUAGCUUGAGGAAAAAGUUUUUAUGUGUGGACAGUCUGGUGAGGAUUUUGCAGCGCUUAUGACAUGCGUUGGGUGAAGUGGUACUCUUCUAGAUAACGCAUUGAUACCUGUCUGCUUCAGGAAGCCAGAAAUAUAGUGUGAAAUAUUAAAAUACAUGCGUAAGUGUUCUGUAACGUGAGGAAACCUGCCAGUUUGUACAGAAUGGGAAAUGGUGUGAAAGACUGGGUCAUUCAGCUUGCCGAUGCAAUACUGCUCUACUACUGACGUGCAGGAGAAUUUGUGUGCCUUUCAGAAAUAAAGUGAAUCUUUAAAUGUACGUGAGCAAGCCGCGGGUUCAGGAUUGAGCAUUAUGCUUGUGCUAUGAGCGGGGAACACAAUGCAGACUUUAUUGGUAUAAAUGAGAUAAUAUUUUCCACUGAACAAGGUGAAACUAAGCACAAUGAACAAAACCGCCCCCUUUGCUUCACUCCUGAAUCCAAUCCGCUCUCAUUCCAUUUCCCGAGCUUUGGUCCAGCCGGUGACAUCACGCCAGCGCUGGAGAUCUGCAGUGGCUUUGCCCGUCCUGCUGUGUGCUGAGACAGGUGUAGUGGAUUUGCUUCCUCUAGCGCCCUCUAGUGUCCGGGGUUUUCUAGCCCUGUUAAUGCAUUUACUCACGGACAGUGCUUUCAGGACUAAUUUUUAGAAAAAAGUCCACACUGGAUAGCGUGUUCUCACCCCAGCGCGUCUCGUUUCCGUUCGGGGCGAAGGGUUUGGGUUCCCAGCCCUGCUCAAACCUUCGUGAAAGGCUGUGUUAGGUUUGCAGUGAUACUGAUCUACUCACAGGAGGAUGUAGAAUGCAUUGCAAUAAUGACGAAGGAAAGCUGGCAGGAUGUGACCUAUGUGAAAUCUACAUUGUGUUUGUGAUCCAAACAGUGUGACUCAGAAGCCAGGUAGAAAGAAAGUGAUAAAACAUUGAGUUUGCUAAAGCUGUCAUAGGGAGAUUUGCAUGGAGCUUGCAAUUGUGAAAGUUAACUAGUUAGGUCUGGAGCUGCCUCUGUCUAUUAUUUCAUUAUUAUUAUUAUUCUUAUUAUUUUUGUUUUUGCAAAUUCAUUUGUUAAUUCAGGGGACUCUGUAAAACAGAUCUAUGCAGCAUCGCUUUUACUCUCCGCCUUAAGUGCUCCUCGUUCGUUUGAUGACGAUACUGUCGCGUGUGUAUUUUUCUAUUUAAGAAACUGGUACAGGAUCUCUGGAGGUGUGCUCACAAGCCUGUGACACGUAGCAGCGCUGACGCAGUAUUGUAGAGGAGCACGGGUGACUCUGCGCAGUCACGCUGAAAUCAGGACGAGACGACGUUUCGCUAUGCACUAAAACCUGCCGGAUGCCUUUCAAAAGAACCUUGUUGCCUAUAGACGUAGAAGCUGCAUAGUUGCUCUUAAUAUAUUACGGUAGAAAUACGUGAGAUGUGUAUUCCUAUACGAAUAAGUUGUUUCUGUGUAUCCGCCUUGUAAAGGGUUCAGUGCAAGCGUCUUAAUAGAUUCUUGUGUUUUUUGUGUGCGUGUGUACGUGUGUUUGUUCCAAUAAACUGUAGAUACGAGACUGUUAAAAAUCCUCUUUGAAUUUCAAUGGAGAAACAGCACAGGACUGCAUUAGACUAUGCAAUGUAAGCUUGCAACACCAGGAUGAGACACGUGAGGUGUCAGCUGGGGCAUAUAUUCAUAUGCAUUUAAUUCUUACACUUCCAGUUCAUGUCCAUGUGUGGAAACAUUUGCAUAUAUUCAUUUUUUAAAAAAAGACUUCAUGCCAUGACUGCACGUGGCCCGUCGGAUGAUUUUUAAAAUUUUUUUGAAAAUAAUAUAAAUUAUUGUAAUGAAGCCUUAACUCAAUGUCAAGCUUUAAGUCACACCGGCAACUCAAAUUACGUGCAGCGGGUUUGGAAUCGUUUUUAGGAUGAACUUUUUUGCGUGAGCGACCGGCGGCAGCACAGCGAGAACGGAGACCGGUUCGGGACGGGCGCAGCCCCCCGUCACCAUGGUGAUCUGGAGCUCAGUCCAGUGGCCCUCGUCAAACACGCGCCACCGUCCUCUUCGUCGUUACCAAAGAUCCUUCUGAUGGACAAGAACAUUCUAGAACUAUAUUUUUGAUACUCUAAAGAUGGUGGUCAUUCCUAAAGGUUGGGGAAAACAGAAGUAAAAAACUAACAUUUUGUAAAAUAAAGGGAAGUACAGGUCUGGAAGAUGUUUACAAGGCCUUGUGUUGUAAUUUCAUGUACAUUUUGUAUUUUAACAUUUUGUAAUUUUUAAGAAUGCAGUGCUUUUUUUUUGGAGAUAUUCAAAGGGAAUACCUUGCAUCUGAUGCUCUUAAUUGGUAGUGUACAAAUAAAAAGGAAACUGUAGAAAUGGU